AUGCCCUCUCGGAUAAUAAUCGACUUCGACGGUGACGAGGAAGUGCAGUAUCUGACAUCGCGCACUGUCGCUUCUGAGGGUAGAUCGAGAGCCUCGUCCUCGGUUACACUUGGCCGCGCCGCCGAUGAUGAAGAUGAAGAAGCAGAAGAGCUGGUGGAAUUGUUUGAACAAGAAGUCAUCGACCUCACUGGUCAUGAAUUAGAGGAUGGCACACACGAUUUGAUUCACCCAGGGGAAUCUCCCCUAGAACGAUAUCGCGAACCUCGCUCGGGGACUCAGCUCUCCCGUGGGGACCUGAUCCAGGUGGAAAACGUCGAGCUUGGGAACUAUACCAUCGAUUUCGUUCAGGUCAAGAUCAUCGCGAGCGAUCGUCAGGGUGAAUGCAAGAUCCGCGGAAUCCCGUUUGUGCGGACCAGGAAAUUGUCGGGGAAAUUGCCAAAGAAGACUAACGAGAUAUGCAUGAUACUUCACAUUCAGAGAAGAGACGAUGGACAAGAGCUGCCCGCACUCCUCAUUGACGUUCCCACCAUCUCGAUUGUCAAGAAAAGAGAACUUGUCAUGACCAACGCGAUCUAUCCCGAGCACUGUUACAAUGGAGAAGACAUUGGACCGCGUGCCCAAAAUGGACAACUGCAACAGAGACUGGCUGAAAGUCAUGGCAAGCUAGUCUGCCGCUGGAAAUUUACGAUAUACUUUACCAUGCAACGCCAAAGUCGGGCUACCAGGCCAGAAGAAGAGGUUCUCGAGCGAGUCCAGGCCGACGACGUUCCAGUGUCGAGAAAUCGUGUAUCGGACGAGAGCCUUUGCAACCAAUGGCGGGGAGGACGCAUCAAGGGAGGAUCGUGGCCUCACAGGGAGUCAAGGAUCAUUGACCUGGCAUCGCGGUCCUCCUCUGGGAACACGGCUCUUCCUACAAACAGUAGACGGAGAGGUCAGAAGUAUACACUCUUCGACUCCUUCUGCGGGGCGGGUGGUGUAUCUCGUGGCGCGCAGAACUCUGGUUUCAAGGUCCAGUAUGCCAAGUCAGUUGACGAGUUUAUCCGGGACACAAAGGACAGGCAGAUGAGGGUCGACGUAUUGCAUCUAUCGCCGCCCUGUCAAUAUUUCUCACCGGCGCAUACGCAUCAAUCAGUUCAUGACGACACCAACAUCUUCGCGCUCUUUGGGUGCCUUUCCUUGAUUUCUAAGCUGCGGCCCCGCCUGAUUACGCUUGAACAAACGUUUGGAAUAACACACGAGCGGCAUCACCACUACCUCAGAGCCCUGAUUGGGGACUACACCCAACUUGGAUACUCUGUCAGAUGGAAAGUUGUUCGACUCUGUACUUGGGGAUCGUCACAGGAUAGAAAACGCCUCAUCAUCCUUGCGGCUGCGCCGGGGGAGAAGCUCCCUCCUUUUCCCAAGCAUACUCAUUCCGAGAACGGUGCUGGAGGCUUACAGCCAUGGACGACCAUUGGGAAGGCCAUUGGCUCCAUUCGCAAUGGUGAUGACUUGCACAACCUGGACAGCGUCAAAUACUUCCAUCCGCCUCGAGCACCGCUGGAUCCGAACCGGCUGGCAGGCACAAUCACAACUGGAGGCAACGAGGUAUACUAUCCGGAUGGAACAAGAGAUCUUACCAUCCGCGAGUAUGCUAGCAUCCAGGGAUUUCCAAAGUACCACAAGUUUAUCGGGACGAAGACAUGCAUCAGGAAACAAAUCGGCAACGCAUUCCCUCCCAAUACUGUUCGGGUGCUAUACAGGCAUCUGGAAGACUGGCUCCUGCAGCAAGAUGGAAUGACGCGAUACCAGCCUCUACCCGACAGCGUGCUGAGUGUCGACGACUCUGACGGCGACAAUUCUGAGCACUAUACGGGCUCGCAAACAUCUUCAAUGGUGCAGUCAUCUCCUGAGAUGGAUGAGGAUAUCGUUGAACUCAUAUGCCCACGGGGAAGGUCUCGAACUACUCGCCACCGACGCAGCGCCGUUGUUGACCUCACAUGA